UGAAAGCCUUUGAAACAUGUAUGUGCACACAGAAAGACUUCAUCCUUUCCAGGAAGUCAAACGAGAAAAACUGAAGCAUCUUAGAGCAGCACUCUUGAAGAGCCUCUUUGCACCUCCAGCUCUGCUAUGAUCAACACGUACCACAGCAGCGUGGCCCCUCCGCCGGUGCCCCCGCGCCUGCACAACUCCCGUAAGGGGCCCCAACCUGUGCUCAUCCCCACCACAAUGCUGCCCCAGGGCCACAGCAGGACCGUCAUGUGCUUCAUGGUCACAGUGGUGCUGUUCAAUCUGCUUCUGUCCAUACUGGGCUUUAUCUACCUGUACACGAAUGGCAUACCACAAAGAAAACAGGAUAUGCCUGUCUCAUCUGCUGAAGCAAAGUUUUCUAUGCAAGAGCAGCACAGCCCCCAUGUCGAGAAAAGAGAGUCACAUAGAGUUUUUGCCCGAAUGAAGUUUCAAAGGCCAACCACGCCACACAGACCCCAACGUGGACAUCUCAAAUGGGACCUCAAACACAGUCAAUACAGCCAGCCAUACAUUAACUACUACAACAGCAGCUGGCUGACCAUCGAGAAACCCGGAGACUACUUUGUUUACUCAAGGGUGACUUUCUCCAAAAGUCACUCCUCUAUCCCCCUUACCAACAGAGUGCUGUGGAGGAAAACCACAACGGAUAAACCCAAAUCUAUAAUGGAUGCAUUUUGCCUUACAAUAUCCACUUUGUGCACAGCCACUGCAGAAGAUGUGAUCAAACUGGAAAGAGGCAACCAGCUGAGUAUAUGGACUGAGGACAUCUCUCUAGUCCGGUAUGAUGAAACAGCAACAGCCUUUGGAUUAUAUAAUCUAUGAUGGUGCCAGAGAACGUAAAAUAUGGACUCAACUGUUGAAUCAAUUUUGGACUUAAGUUAUGUAAAUAAUUAUUUAUUGAAUUUAAAUAUAGGUUAGUAAAGAUUCCUCACUUUGGAGAAGCAAGAAUUAAUUAUUAUUUUCUGUCUUUCAACUAACCGUCCGCUGUUUAAAGUAUCGCCUGUUUAAGACGGUACAGACAAUAGUCUCACAGGAAUAAUUAGAACAGGAUGAAAAAUGCAUUCUAACAUUCACCUCUUACAUUUCAGAGUAUUGCAAUUGUUAAUUUAUUUCUGUAAAUAAAUAAUGUUUACAUUUAAACAUA